UCCUCCAAAAAUAAAACGUAAAACAAACAAGCCUCCCUCUCUCCAAAAACCUCCCUCUCCUCCACCUACGUUAACUUCCUCGUUCUACCCGGUGACGCCCUCCACCUCCUCCGCCGGGGUCGCCACCCAAAAUCAUCAAAACCCAAAAUUCUCCCAAACCCCAUAAUUUCAAUCACUUCAAAUCGAAUCCACCAUGUCAGAAAUCCCAAACGCAGAUCCAGAAGGCAUUGAUUCAGUUCGGAUGACAUGGAACAACUGGCCCAGAACCAAAGUCGAAGCUUCCAAAUGCGUCAUCCCUUUAGCCGCAUCAAUCUCCCCUAUUCGUUCUAACCCAGAAAUCCCAACUCUACCUUACCUUCCUCUCCGUUGCAAAACCUGCACAUCCAUCAUGAAUUGCUUCUCGCGCGUUGAUUUCACUGCCAAGAUCUGGAUCUGCCCUUUCUGCUUCCAACGCAACCAUUUUCCUCCAAAUUAUUCCAUGAUCUCGGAGACCAAUCUUCCUGCUGAGUUGUACAGCCAGUAUACGACAAUAGAGUAUACUAUUGGUGACAAGAAUCAUAAUCCAGUUGGGGAAUUUGAUGUUAAGUCGGCGUUUGUGUUUGUUUUGGAUACUUGUAUGAUCGAGGAGGAGUUUGAGUAUGUAAAAUCGGAGGUUAAGAGGGCAGUUGGGUUGUUGCCGGAGAAUGCAAUGGUGGGUUUUGUGACUUUUGGGACACAAGUGCAAGUUCAUGAAUUGGGGUUUAGUGAUAUGUCCAAAGUAUAUGUUUUUAGAGGGACUAAAGAGAUUAGUAAAGAUCAGAUUAUGGAGCAGUUAGGUAUUGGUGGUGCUGGCAGGAGGAAUGUUCCUGGUGGUGCUGUUGGUGUUGGUGGGUAUCAGCAGCAGAGGGGGAUGCCAAUGCAGAAUUCGGGUGUGAGCCGGUUUUUGUUGCCAGCUUCUGACUGUGAAUUUACGCUCAAUUCGCUCUUGGAUGAGUUGCAAACAGAUCAGUGGCCGGUGGCACCAGGAAAUCGGCCUUCAAGAUGUACUGGAGUAGCAUUGAGUGUUGCAGCUGGACUGCUGGGAGCUUGUUUGCCUGGGACCGGAGCUAGAAUUGUAGCUUUAGUUGGUGGUCCUUGCACCGAAGGGCCAGGAGCGAUUAUAUCAAAAGAUCUGUCUGAUCCUGUACGUUCCCACAAGGAUCUUGAUAAGGAUGCAGCACCGUAUUUUAAGAAAGCAGUCAAAUUUUAUGAUAGUCUUGCAAAGCAGCUUGUCAGCCAGGGUCAUGUUUUGGACCUUUUUGCCUCUGCUCUAGAUCAGGUUGGGGUUGCAGAAAUGAAAGUUGCAGUAGAAAGAACUGGUGGUCUUGUUGUUCUCUCAGAAAGUUUCGGACAUUCUGUAUUUAAGGACUCCUUUAAGCGUGUAUUUGAUUCAGGGGAAAAGUCUCUUGGCCUCUGUUUCAAUGGAACACUCGAGAUUAACUGUUCAAAGGACAUCAAAAUUCAGGGGAUUAUUGGACCUUGCACCUCUUUGGAGAAGAAAGGACCAAGUGUUGCUGAUACAGUCAUUGGUGAGGGGAAUACAACAGCUUGGAAGAUGUGUGGCCUUGACAAGAGUACUUGUUUUACUGUCUUCUUUGAUAUUUCAUCAAGUGAAAAAUCAAAUGCUCCUGGAAGUGCAAAUCCACAGCUAUACUUACAGUUUCUUACAAGUUAUCAAAAUCCUGAGGGUUUGACAUUGCUUCGGGUCACAACUGUCACUAGAAGAUGGGUAGAUAGUGCUGUUAACUCAGAGGAAUUAGUACAAGGUUUUGACCAAGAGACCGCAGCUGUGGUAAUGGCGAGAUUCACAUCCCUGAAAAUGGAGUCAGAGGAAGGAUUUGAUGCCACUAGGUGGCUAGACCGAAAUCUCAUUCGCUUCUGUUCCAAAUUUGGUGAAUACCGGAAGGAUGAUCCGUCAUCUUUUACAUUGAACUCGUUUUUCUCUUUCUUUCCUCAGUUUAUGUUUAAUCUGCGAAGAUCACAAUUUAUACAGGUUUUCAAUAACAGCCCAGAUGAGACAGCUUAUUUCCGCAUGUUGUUGAACCGUGAAAACAUUACCAAUGCUGCUGUCAUGAUUCAACCAUCACUAAUAUCAUAUUCAUUUAACUCACUGCCUCAACCUGCGUUAUUGGAUGUUGCUUCUAUUGGAGCUGACCGGAUUCUCUUACUGGAUUCAUACUUUAGUGUUGUCAUAUUUCAUGGAAUGACAAUAGCUCAAUGGCGUAACUUGGGUUACCAGAAUCAGCCAGAGCACCAGGUGUUUGCACAGCUAUUGCAAGCACCCAAAGACGAUGCCCAAGCGAUCAUUCAUGAACGUUUUCCCGUUCCUAGAUUGGUGGUGUGUGAUCAGCAUGGAUCCCAGGCAAGGUUCUUAUUGGCAAAGCUGAACCCGUCAGCUACAUACAAUAAUGCCAAUGAGAUGGCUGCUGGGUCAGAUAUAAUAUUCACGGAUGAUGUGAGCCUUCAAGUUUUCUUCGAGCAUCUUCAGAGGUUAGCUGUGCAGUCUUGACUGUAGAUUUCAUCGAUAGGUUUUGAGUGUGGAGAAGUUCCCUUGAGUGUGAGAUCUGUAUCCCUUUGUCUUCCGCUCCAUCCUUUCUUUCCAUUGUUUUAAGUGCAGAGGAUGGAACCCCACGUUCAAAAAUAAUGAAAGCUUACAUUCUUUGGGGGUGUCGGGGAGGUAUUUGCUCCCUUUAAACAUUAAGGAACAUGGAGUUCGUUGAGUAGUUCUAGGGAAAGAAAAGGAUACUGAAGUGAGAGUUGGAGGGAUCCCUUUAUCAAUAUCGGGAAGAUGAAAAACAUAUUUUGACAGAAUUUUUUUCUUGUUUCUUCUUUUCUUUUGUAUUCACUCAGGUCAAAUAUGUCUUGUAUUGAGAUUUUAAGUUAUAUACUGAAAUGGGAUUGUUGAUGCUCCUAGGUUGAAAAAGUUCAGGGACUGGACAUUUCUUUUUU